AUGCCGGUACCACAGACGGAGGACUGGAGAGCCAUCGCUGCUGGGUUCCAGGAGCGCUGGAACUUUCCAAAUUGCGUUGGUGCCAUUGAUGGGAAGCAUGUGGUGAUCCAGGCUCCGGCAAAUUCUGGGUCCCUGUACUUCAACUACAAGUCCACCCACUCCUUGGUACUACUGGCUGUAGUGGAUGCCCAGUACCUCUUCAGGGUAGUGGAUGUCGGAGGUUUUGGAAGGAGCAGCGACGGUGGGAGCCUGCGGAAUUCCGCUUUUGGAGAGGGCCUCCGAGAUGGCAGUCUGCAGCUACCACCUGACACCGUCAUCCCAGGAGCAGAGCGGCUGGGCCUUCUUCCCCAUGUGUUUGUUGGAGAUGAGGCUUUUCCGCUGCUGGACAACCUGCUGCGUCCGUUCCCUGGACGUCAGCUCACGCGUGAAAGGAGGCUGUUCAACUACCGCCUCAGCCGGGCCAGGUUGGUGGUUGAAUGUGCGUUUGUCAUCCUCUCAUCUCAGUGGAGAAUGUUCCGGCGUGUCAUUACCACCAGCCCGGAGGUAACAGAGUUGUGUGUGAAGGCCACCUGUGUGUUGCACAACUUCCUCCGCAGGAAGACAAUAGGAAGGUCAUCACGCACACCUGUCGUCGCAGAGUCGAGUGAUGAAGCUCCAACCCUGCGCGAUGCACCUAUGAUGGGCUCAAACAACGCCACACGCCGAUCCAUCCAACUGCGGGAGACCUUCUGCUCCUAUUUGAAUGAGGAGGGUGUAGUGUCAUGGCAGCAUAAAGUGGUGUAGGGUCACCAUGGCUCCUCCAAACCAAAAGCUCUUUUAAGA